CAACGUGUUAUCCCUAAAAACCAACAAAUAGAAUGCAGUCGACCUCAACAACUCCAUUGCCAAAAUGCUCUUACCCUCUCUCCCUUAACCACUUCCACUAUCGACACCCUCGCAAACCCCUCAACUUCCUUCUCCUCCCCCGAAAACCCCAAACCCACUUCACCAACCACUGCGCCCUUUCCAUCUCUCACACCCACGGUUGCAGCAGAGAGCACCAGAACCAGAGCCAGAAUCACAUCAAUGGCGAUUCCGACCCCUAUCAGAACGAUAUGUUGUUUCUGCAAUUGAACCCCUCAGGAGACACCGAAGACGCCGGUAACCAAAGCCCAGAAGCCCCAAACGACGAACGAGGGCGAGAUCAAAGAGAGAGCGAAGCCGAUAAUUCCGAGGGACUUUCGACAAACAUGUGGUGGGCAGACGUGAAAGCCGCAUUGGGACAAAGGUUCAACUUUGGAGCAUUAGUUCGUUCAGCCAUGGUGCUCACGAAAGACAAGCACUUGGUGCUGCCUCAUGUUUCUGUGCCUGAUAUAAGGUACAUUGAUUGGCCUGAGUUGCAUAGAAGGGGUUUCAAGGGUGUUGUGUUCGAUAAGGAUAAUACUAUCACUGCACCUUAUUCCUUGACGCUUUGGGGUCCUCUUGGGUCUUCAUUGGAGCAGUGCAAAUCAGUUUUUGGACCCGAUAUCGCGGUGUUCAGUAACUCGGCAGGGCUUUAUGAGUAUGACCAUGAUGGUUCAAAAGCUAGGGAGCUUGAAGGGGCUAUUGGAAUUAAAGUCAUAAGACACAGAGUGAAGAAACCAGCCGGAACAGCUGAAGAGAUCGAGAAGCAUUUUGGUUGUAAAUCGUCACACCUUAUUAUGGUGGGUGAUCGGCCCUUAACUGAUAUUGUCUAUGGUAAUCAAAAUGGAUUUCUAACUAUUUUAACCGAACCGUUGAGUCUCAACGAGGAACCAUUCAUUGUUAGGCAGGUGAGGAAACUAGAAACAGCCCUUGUGAAUCAUAGGUUUAGGAGAGGGUUAAAGCCCACCAGUCAUAGGCUGUUGCCUGACGGCAAGCAGUGUGUGAAACAUCCGCCACCACUGUAAGAAGUAUUAUCGAUAUAAUUCAAAAACAAAGUUCUUCCAUCGGUCCUAGUGAUCCUGUUAGUUUGAUUCAAAGCAAUGAAAAUAUUUAUUUUCUUUCUCCA